CCAUGCUCGCCCAAGUUGUCACCAAGGCCGGAGCGCUGCGGGGAUGUCCCCGAGCCUCAGCGGGGCCGUGUCGCCGGCUCGGGGGGGCUGCGGGCGCUGUGCCCCCGGCUGUCCCCCCGGCUGUCCCCUCGGCCCCCCGGCCCUUUAACCAGGUGCCGGGCGAGUGGCGGGCGGGCUGGCUCAACCUGUACCGCUUCUGGCGGGAGGGCGGCCUCAGCACCCUGCACCUCAGCAUGGCCGGCAAGUUCCGCCGCUUCGGGCCCAUCUACAGGGAGAAGCUGGGCACCUACGAGAGCGUGAACAUCGUCACUCCCGGCGACGCGGCCACGCUGUUCCAGGCCGAGGGGGCCCUGCCCGAGCGCUUCCGCGUCCCGCCAUGGGUGGCCUACAGGGACUUCCGCAACAAACCCUACGGCGUGCUGCUCAAGACGGGCGAGGCGUGGCGCUCGGAGCGGCUGCUGCUCAACAAGGAGGCGCUGGCGCCCGCGGCCGUGCCCGGCUUCGUGCCCCUGCUCAGCGCCGUGGGCGAGGAUUUCGUGCGGCGCGCGCGGGCCCAGGCGGGGCUCAGCGGCUGCUGGAGCGGCGACUUCAGCCAGGAGCUCUUCCGCUUCGCCCUCGAGUCGGUGUGCCACGUGCUGUACGGCGAGCGCCUGGGGCUGCUGCAGGAUUUCGUGCAGCCCGAGGCGCAGCGCUUCAUCGAGGCCGUGUCGCGCAUGUUCCACACCACGGCGCCCAUGCUGUACCUGCCGCCCGCGCUGCUGCGGCGCCUGCGCAGCCACACCUGGCGCCAGCACGUGCAGGCCUGGGACGCCAUCUUCUACCAGGCGGACAAGUGCAUCCAGAACGUGUACCGGGACCUGCGGCUGCAGCGCAAGAGCCGCCAGGAGCACGUGGGCAUCCUGGGCAACCUCAUCCUGCGCGACAAGCUGCCCCUGGACGACAUCCGCGCCAGCGUCACCGAGAUGAUGGCUGGGGGCGUGGACACGACGUCCAUGACCCUGCAGUGGGCCAUGCUGGAGCUGGCGCGGGCCCCGGGCGUGCAGGAGCAGCUGCGGGCUGAGGUCCUGGCAGCCAAACGCGAGGCAGGCGGCGACCGUGAGAAGAUGCUGAAAUCCACACGGCUGCUCAAGGCCACCAUCAAGGAGACACUCAGGCUGCACCCGGUGGCCGUGACCCUGCAGAGGUACACCACGCAGGAGGUCAUCCUGCAGGACUACCGCAUCCCGCCCGGGACGCUGGUGCAGGUGGGGCUGUACGCCAUGGGCCGUGACCCCGCCGUGUUCCCGCGGCCCGAGCGCUUCCUCCCGCAGCGCUGGCUGCAGGCCGGCCCCAAACCAUUCCUGGGGCUCGGCCUCGGCUUCGGGCCCCGCCAGUGCCUGGGCCGCCGCAUCGCCGAGCUGGAGAUGCAGCUCUUCCUCAUGCACAUCCUGGAGAACUUCAAGAUCGAGACCAUGCGGGCCGUGGAGAUCGGCACCAAGUUCGACCUGAUCCUGGUCCCGGACCAGCCCAUCCAGCUGACCCUGCGGCCCCUCGAGGGCCAGCCCUGAGCAGGGGACACCCCGGGGACACCGCCACGUCUCCCGCGGUGGCCUUUGGGGACAGCGGGGACUCUGCCGGGGCCGCGGCCUCGGCUCGAGGCUGCGCUGUGCGGGGCAGGCAGAGCUGGGCCGCCCCGCGGGGAGGGGGAUUUGGGGUGGGUUGGGGGUCCCCUCUGGCUGCUGGGGGUCCCACCGAGCUCCCCCGAGCCUCUGGAAUGUCCUGGAACCUCUGGAAUGUUCUGGAAUGUUC